CUGUCGCCUCUCAUUAUCGUUCCGCACCUCAUGACGCACACAUUUAUUGUCCAGUCAAUCGACUUCUCGUCAAUAAAAAAAUUGUAGCCACCAAUUUGGUGAUUGUUUGUCGAUACCCAGUGGGUGGUACCAUGUGGUGUCCGACGAAAACCCCUCGUCAAUUCCGGAAAUCCAGAUAAACAACUCGUGAGUCAUUAGUGAUAAAAAAAAUAUUACCAAUCAGCUGGGGAAACAUCAAUAGCUCGUGAUUGAUUUUGCACAUGGCAAUUGCCACAGUUCUUCAGAUCAAUUUUUGGGAGGAUAUAUCGACUCCAUCAUGACUGAGAGUCUGAUCAAUGAGUGGUUGAUCGACUGUGCUGAUUAUUCAGCCAGUGAAUUGAAGAGCUUUGCAAGUACUUUAGCCCAGGACAGUGAAAUUGUUCGGGCUCUCUACGUUCUCUUGGAGGAGAGGAGCAAAUACAACGAGCUGGUGGACACUGUCUGCAAUCAGCUGUUCGAUUUCUAUCGAUCACGGGAGAUCGAACUCCAGAGGUUCACACUCCAGUUUGUUCCAACGCUCAUCUUCAUUUACCUAAACUCGGUGGCACAUGGUGAUAUCAAGAAUUGCCGAUCUGUCGAGACACUGCUCAUUGGCCUUUACAAUUUGGAAGUGGUGGACAAGAAUGGCGAGCCCAAGUCCGUAUCUUUCAGACUCCCAUCGCUGGCUAUGCUGUCUAUUUAUCAUGAGCCCUCAAGCUUGGCCCCAGCAUCCCUGACAGAAAGUGCAGUUCGUCGUUUCGAGGAGUGCAACUCAAAAUUAGUGAGCUGGGGUCCACUCCAGCAAGUGGAGACCCUCAACGCCCAGAAUCGUCUGAAGGUCAUGACAGCACUCCUGUUUAUUUAUAAUCAGCAGCUGAGUUACAUAAAUAAAUCAGCGCUGGAGCAAUUGUGCAAAGUGGCGACAAAACUCGUCACCCAGGGCUUCAUGAAACCAGGUCAUCAUCAGCGCUCGUCUUACAGUGAAUCGAGUUUUGUUCCUCGUCUCCUCCCACGUAUUCCAGUGUCCAAUCAAUUUUUGUUGGAGUUCCUUCAUGGAAUUUAUUUUGCAAUGUACAAUGAUUGCUGGUACGUAGGAUGCCAGGCAGUGGAAGAUGUGCACAAUAGGGCGUGUUAUGACACAUACCCUGAUGUCAUGCUGGUGACAAACGCUAUCAGAAAUUCCAGCAGCUCUGGGCCUUCUGGACAACCUGGAGACAGCGCCAUGGGCACAGGUGUCGCCCUAUCCCCAGCAACAGCAACGCCAACGAUAUCUAAGUCGAUGAUCACGAAUGCUUCUUUCAGAACGAAGAAAUUACCAGAUGACAUUCCGAUAAUAGCGAAGGAGGAGGGCAGCGGGGACGCGAAGGCAAACCUGGUGUCGAUAACUGAGGAGGGAGAGGGCGGGGAUCCCUCCAGGACGGGAUCCAUUCGUCAAUCGACAGGAAAGAGUGGAUCGAAAAUCUCGAAUUUCAGUUUAUCGAAGAAACCGAAGGACAAGGAGGGGAAGUCAGCGAAAAAUGGCUAUGUCCAGGGGUCUGAGAAGGAGAGAAAGUCCUCUGGGCAGAUGUCCUCGAGGGAGAGUGUGAGGGGCAGUCGAGCUAUGCUCAACAGCGACGAUGUGGACGCCAAUGGAGCUGUCAAUAGUAAAAAGAAAAAUGAUAACGAUAACAACUCAACUGUUGAACAUGAGAAACAUCUGUCAGCUGAUAUGUCUGAGUCUGUUGAACUCGAGCCAGCGAUUGGCCACAGGCACGAGCCUGAAAAUAUUCAGUCGUCAGUGCAAGUCAGUUCUGUUUGAGAAAUUUUUUUUUUUCAGUUAUUAAAUUUCACUCGAGUUUUGUUUAUCGAGUCCUAGGGAUCAAUUGACGUCGAUUCGUUGAAUUUAUCUGGAUUUUUUAACUGUCUAUGAUAUCACUGCCACCUCAACGUUAAUUAGACGUAGAUGAGAUGAUUGGAUAUUUUUUAAAGUGAUGAUAUCAGUUCAAUAGCGCAGUGGUAAAAUGAGUGUGUCACUUUUCACUGUCGAUCAGUUUUUCAGGGAUAGCUCAGAAUCUAUGAGCGAUAGGGAGAUUUUUGUUAUGAUCUUUUUGUGGAGCAGGUUUGAGAGCUGCAAUUAAUGUCAUGACAAAAACUGCUGUCAUUCAGACCCGGAGAUAUUGCUCAGAAACUCAGAGAUAAGUCACCUUAUCUCAUUUAUCACUUUACUAUUGACUUUCGAAUCUGUUUUUUAUCGAAUUUUCUACGUUUGACAAUUUUUUUUCCACCUUUUUUUUUCGAUAAUUGUCUCGGAAUUUGUAGGAAAAUUUAGGGAAUUGUU